UUGCUGCUACUGAUGUGCUAUUCCAUAUGUUCCACUCUGUUGUUUUGAUGUGCCCACACUUUGGUCACAUCUGUUUUGUUCAAUCCAUAUGCUGAGGUGCAUGGUGCCAUCUUUGAUCUGGAUCUGCCUUAUCUCACUGUUAUCUCCAAUUUUACUGUGAUCAUCAACAAUAAAGUCUAUAUUGUGGAAAUCAAAGAGAAGCACCAGCCAGAGAAAACCUAUGUGGAAACCCACUACCUAGGAAAGACAGCUGUUUAUGUAGGCAUCAGGGACCAGAAAUCAGAGAAAUUCCACAUCUCCAUCAAACUGGCAGCAACCACAGAGGUGACUUUUACUCAAGCCUGUGAAGAACUGUUGCACUAGCAACAAGGCCAGUAAUAGCGUCAAUUAGCAAGAAAGCUGAGUUUAGAGUUCACCAUAUCAGGAAGGAGAGGCAUCACCUGUGUGCAUAUUCCACUGCUGAGGGCCAGUCAUUUAAGAAAAAACGCAUACAGAACAGAUGCCAGCUCACUCCCAUCCACCAGAAUGGUGAAGGGAGAGACCUGUGUCUGCAUCACCUUCUGCCCAAAAUUACAAGACCAGUCUGUCUUCUGCAGCUCAGGCAUUAUGGCUGACUUCGUGGUGCAGUGUGAUGUGGUUUCGGAGGACAUUGCAGAUGUGCAGAUUUAUGGCAAUUAUUUUAUUCAUUGCUUUGCCCCCAGAGGCCUAAAUGUGGUGAAGAAUGUGGUGCUUGUUAUUGAUGUGAGCAGCUCCAAGUUUAGUACCAAAAUGAAGCAGACCGAAAAAGCCAUCAAUGUGAUCCUCAUUGAUCUGCAAACCAAUAACUACUUCCACAUCAUCUACUUUUCUGAUGCAAUUUGUGUCUGGAAAUCUGAAAGCUUGAUCCAGGCCACUAUGCAGAAUAUCCACAGUGCCAGGGGACACACUGAAGCUGAUGAAAUGACUAGAGAAGAUGGUCCCACAGUCUGUUCUCCAAUUAGGGACGGCAUCAAUGCAGCCCUGCUGGAAGCUGUGUCAGUAUUGGACCAUAACAACCAUGAGUCAGGGAAGGGCGCCAGUGUGGUGGUUCCACUUGCCAUCUUCGUGACUGAUGGGGAGCCUAAAGCCAGCAUGACAACAGCCAGUGUGGUGAUCCUUCACAAAAUUCAAUGGGUGCUGGGCUACAAGGCACCCUUUUACAUCUUGGCCUUUGGAGGUGAUGCUGAACUCCCCCACUGCUGCAUCACCUGUCCCUGAAGAACCGGGGUGAGAGUGGGGGCAGCCUGAUGCAUAUACGAGGAUGCUGACAUGGCCCUCCAGCUAGAGCACUACUAUGAAGAGUUCGCCAUGCAUCUACUAGCAGAUGUGUGUCUGGACUACCUGUUGGAACCUCCAGUUGGGCCUUUUUUCCCCAGCUGCUUUGGUGGGUCAGAGCUGAUGGUGGCUGGCCAGGCACAUCCAGGGGAGCAGGAGCUGGACUGCCUGCCAACCUGUGACCCUGAUGGUCUGCCUCUUGUGGACCACCAGAGUGAAGGAGCCACAAACAGCAGCCAGAAAGCCUUUGGUUUCCCAGGGGAGUCUGCCCUCAAUCUGAUGCGCUUUAUUUGCCAUCUGGCCUAUGUCAUCAUUGGAGAGCUGCGGGAGGCAUGCUUCCAUGGCAGUGACACCACCAUGCCUUUCAAAGUCCUCAACAUAUCCCUUAAAUACAAUAUUGUCACAUCUCUGACUUCAGUGAUUGUGGUGUAAUCCAAGGAAGCCAGUGAGGAGCCUGGGAGACAGUCAUCCAACACAUCUGCAUCAGACAGAAUCACAUCCUCCUCCAGCAGUGGCCAUGGUCUAAGAACAGGCACAGCUCAGGCAGUCUUGAUGCCCAGGGUAUCCCCCAAAUCAAGGCCUGUGAGAGCAACCUCAGGUACAAGUGCCUCUACAAAUAAGAUGCUCAAUUCCAAGGAUCUGAAGCCACUGAGUCAGGACUCUAGUUCUCUAUCAACCUCACUAUACGUAAAGCUCCAAGAUCCAGCACAGUAAGAUUCUGGUACCUUGACCCAGCCAACUCCCAUGAUGAAACUUGUUGCCCUUAUGCCUUGAAACUCUAGCAUUCUGUUGCCUCUGAGGCCCCGCACUCCAUCACACCAAGAUCAUUAUAUCAUCCUGAAUUCUAAUACACAAGUCCCACCUCCAACUCAGCUCAGUGCUGGAACCAUGAAACAUUUUAUUCCACAGCAUCCCAAACCUGAUGCUCCAUCAUAACCUAAAUCAGACACUCCAUCACACCCCCAACCUGGGCUACUCACAUCAUGGUUGCCAAAAAGCCUGCCACAGUCCUGAUCUGUAAUCUCCAUGCUUCAGAUCCUCAAAUACUCACCACACACCAGAUCUAAGAUUCCUGCUCUCUAGACCCAAAACAACUUGCCACACUCUACACUUGUGAUCCUCUUGCCCAGAAGCCCUAAAGUCCCAUCACCUCUUAAACCCAGUGCAUCACCUCACCAAAAUUCCACAAGAUUAUCAUUUUCCAUGAUUCCCAGAUUCCCCAGAGUCUCCAGUGGCAAAGGUCCCAGCAGUACCAUGACCACCUCUGUCCCUGGAGAACCCCACAUCUCUCACUUUACCACAAGAAUGCCCUCUCUGUUGCAUACUGGGAAACCCUGGCACAGGCAAGGCCUGCCACUAGGGUGCCAGAGCACAACUUUCCCAAGAGUCUCAUCACUGGGCCUACUCAAUGGCUCCAGACCUACGCCAGAAGGCAGACUCCAAAACCUGCCAAAUUUGCUGCCUUCUAGCACUCUUCCUGAAGCCAUCAGUCUGCUCCUUCUCCCAGGGUAAGUAGAGCCACUUUCUGAGUUGAUGGUGCAUUAUAAAUUUGUGGAGUCCUUGAGUCCAUCGACUUUCUAUAUCUUCCUCUUGACAAAGAUGGUGAGUCCCAUGAUGGGAUGUCAAGCUAUGGUGGGAAGAUAUGAAUGGAGAGCAGCAGGAGCUGCAAUUCUACAAGGCAUUUCAGGGUGUAGUGAUAGUCGAGACACUUACUUGCUUGAUGGCUUUGGAAUUUUCAGACAAAUUAUUUAA